AUGUUCAAUAGUUUCCUUCCUUCCGUCAUGGUUGUGGCCAUACUCACGCCCGGAGCCAUAUCCAACUUGAUGAUCAACAAUUAUUGCGGAGCCGGUGUCAGCAUGGUCAAGUCCAAGUAUGGAAGCUGUGACCACGGGCCCGAUGGCCGUUGCAUUAGAGACGGUGGAGUUCCAUGGUAUCUCCCCCGGGGGACUGGGCAGUCCAUCCUCAGUCACGCCUGGGACGGCGAAGCGGUCAGUCUGAAGCUGUCCAAGGACGGUAGUCCGCCUGGUGUGCUCCAGUUCGAGUACUCGCAGACCUUUGGCGAGUGGGGGGGUAUCUGGUGGGAUCUGAGCGACCUCGACGGGAGCGGCCAUGGCCUAGUCGGCACCCCGUUCCGGAACGACAAUGUGGGCGUCACACCGACGGGCAGCGGCUCUGGCCAAGGGACAUGCGUCAAAAUUCGCUGCAGCGCUGGCAGCGUCUGCCUCGACAGCUAUCAGCAUCCGGACGAUCCCAACACCAAAUACUGUCCUCUCGAUACGGGCGACAUGUGGCUUGAUCUGUGCAUGCCGCCGGAUCUGUUCUACCAGCAGAGAGUUUUGGUUCUGGAUGAGAAGAACAAGAAGAACUUGACGGAUACCAAGCCGCCGCCGAGCUUGGAGGAUUGGGCUGGGCCGGGCGGGGAUCAUGCCCGUCGGGAUGCUGGCUACAGGAUGUAUUUCGAGUCCUAG